UUAUGUGCAGUGUUUCUAAAAUUACAUAAAAAAAGUUUAUAAAAUAAUUGUUAUCAUUAAUUUGCCAAAAUGAAGCUGUGGAAGUCUAAAAAACCUAUCAGUUGCGUACCUGGUAAAUCUGCUGCCAUUAAAAGUGAAGAUAAACUUGACGCUAAUGCCAUACCAUUAACACCAAUGCUAUCCGUUGAUCGCGCCAUGAGUCCCGCACAAUCUGAAGACUCUGGUUUGGCACCCGAACGCGGAACCACUUACGCCACAAUCACAUUACCACGUGAUAAUGCACCCAAUAUGGGCAUCACAUUUGCAGAACGCAACGACCUUUCGUAUCCACCUGUUAUCGCUGCGCUGAGUCCACUGGGUCAUGCUGCUGAUUUUCUGGCGCCUGGUGAUCGUAUACAUCAGAUUGAUGGCAUCUCAACAAUUGGGUUAACCAAUCAACAUAUAAUGAGCAUGUUAAGCGGUGGUGAUGGCAGUCCUGCUGUAAUAGAAAUCGAAUAUUCUUUACCCGAAUACAUUUCCCAAAAUAGUCUUUGCGUCACAUCGAAAUUGGCGCAAAUCACUGUGGAACGCGAGAGCGGUUGCCUUGGCUUAACGCUACGUGGCGGCGGUGACUAUCCACUGAUCGUAACUCAUGUACGCCCGCAUGGGCCUGUUUACAAGACGGGACGCAUCAAACCCGGCGAUCGUUUGCUGCGCGUUGAUAAUGUUUCGCUUAUUGGUAAAACUUUGGCGGAAGCGCAACAAAUUAUCAAAUGUGGCGGACACAUUUCCGGUUAUACAAAUCUGACAAUUGAAUAUGAUGUAUCUGUGGUGCAGAGUGUAGAAUUUUCUAUGGGUCCCUUGCUUAUAGAGAUUGAACGCCCAAUGAAUGAUAAACUGGGUUUGGUAUUGUGUAAUUACUCGAGUAUUACACAUAAUGAUCACACAAAAAUCGAUGAAGUGAGUCCGGCGAGUGUUUAUAUUGCCAGCAUUUUACCGGCUAGCAUUGCAGAUAGAUGCGGCGCUUUAUCAGUCGGUGAUCAAGUACUAUCGAUCGAUGAUACGAUUAUUGAAAAUUCUGCCUAUAGUCCAGAUGAGGUAAUGACUCUUCUGGAUAAUACUACAAUACGUGGUUAUACGCAAAUGCAAAUAAUGCCUGCACACGCAUUGGCUAGAAGAGGUCACACAACUCUCGGCAGUCCAAAAUACGGCUUCAGUACGCUGGAAUCGCGCAAAUCACGACAACGACAGCGUUUUGUGCGCAAAAGUUCGCUACCACUCGAAAGCGGUGGCAAUAGUAGCGGUGGCAGUAGUGGGCCAGGGAGCAGUGCAAGCGGUGGUAGCAGUGGCAGCGCUGGUGGCAAUAGUAGCACAUCCGUUGUCGGCACAAACGCUUUGCAUCACACUAGCAAUAUGGGCAUUUGUCGAGCUGAAACAUUUCCGGUAUUAUUGGAUUGCAGUCAAGGUUCCGGUAUUAUUUUAGGACCACAAACACCAUGCGGUCGUGCCAUAACAAUAGCACAGAUUAUGCCCGAUUCGGUGGCCGAUCGUAGUGGUUGCAUACAGAAAGGCGAUCGUAUUAUAGCCAUUAAUAAAAUGUACAAUUUGGAUGUACAGACAAUGCGGCAGUUGUUGUGUGAUAUUGUACCGCGUCAACAACAUUGCGCCGCAAAUUGGUUAGAGUUGGAAAUUGAGUUUGAUAUGGCAGAUUCUGUGGUGCCAUCUAGCGGUGUUUUUAAUGUGAAAUUAUUGCGUGCUGGCAAGGCCGGUUUAGGUAUUACUGUAAAUGGUGCUAGUCAUGGCGGUAUUGCAAUUGCAGAUGUUAAACCAGGUAGUCCAGCGCAUCGUAUAGGCACAUUACGUGCUGGCGAUAUUCUAUUAGCGGUAAAUAAUCAUCCAGUGCAACAUUUUAAUAUUGAUGCACUGCUUAAGGAUGGGUCUUGCAAUGAUUUCACCACAUUGACUGUUAAACGUGUGAUGUUGCCAGAUUUUUUGUUUGAUGCACAACAAAAGAUGCCAAAUCAUAUCUACAGCAAUUGUCCAGCCAGUUCUAAUGAACAUGAUUUAUAUAGUAGCGCCUAUGUGACUGGUGGAACCAAAUAUAACGAUUGCAUUUCUAUAAAAUCUACAACACCCCAGCCUGAGUUUUAUCGUGGAUCGAGUAUGGAUGAACCCGUACAAAUAAGACAUCACACGCAUCUAAAUACAAAUACGUGGAGUCCAAGUGCUGCUAUGGGACGCUCAUUUGCAGCACAAAACACACAGAGCUUAACUACUGAACUGCCAGAUGAGGACAAUAAUUUCACUGAUUAUGGAGGCUAUGAUUUGGAUCGCUAUGCAAGCGUUGAUUGCUCUGCACUGCCACCACCAAUGGAAAGCAAAGUUUAUGGCUCAGCUGCGAGUUCUAGUAGUAAAAGCAGCAAUACAGGAAAUCCACAUCAAGUUAUCUUCACAGUACGUCUCGAACCAAAAGGUGGAUUAUUGGGUAUUACACUGGCUGGUAGCGAAGAUAUUAGUAAACCCAUUACAAUAAGUGGAGUUAUAGAAGGUGGCAUAGCGUAUAAAAAUGGACAAAUAAAAACUGGUGACCAAUUGUUGGCUAUAAACGAUGACAUAGUGCAGGGCAUGCCACUCUCACAUGCCACUAGUAUUUUACAGAAUCUUGGUGAUUUUGUAACUUUAAAAAUUCUGCGUAGCUUGGAUUCGCAAAAUAAUUUUGGUACCAAUUUAGAUACAGCAAAUAUGCCACAGCCGCAAGCAAUUUAUGCCAAAGUGCAACGUAGACCGCGUAGUCCUUCAUCGACCACGGACACUACAUCCACAAGUGGCAAGGAUAACAAACAUCGAAUAUUUCAUGUUACUUUGUACAAAGACAAAGUAUACGAUGACUAUGGUUUCUCAGUAUCCGAUGGCUUGUAUGAACGAGGCGUUUUUAUAAAUCGUAUACGCACUGGUGGACCAGCGGAUCUGUGUGGUAUGCUAAAGCCUUUUGAUAGAAUUAUGCAAGUGAAUGAAAUGAAAACACAGGACUUCGAUUGUUGUCUGACAGUGCCUUUAAUUGCUGCUGCUGGUGACAAAAUUGAAAUGAUAAUACAACGUACGGAACCGUAAUAACUAAAUGAUUUUAUCGAGUGCCUUAAAUCUUAUUUGGUUUGGUAUUAAAUUGUAUACAAACAUAGUUUUUUUAUACAAAAUUUUUGUACCAAAAAAAGUUUUUUAAUUUAAGUUUAACUGUAAUCCAACUAAUUUAUGCCAAAUAUUACUCUGAAGUAAAUUAAAAUUAGUUUUAGUUUAAUUUAAAAACUGUAGCUAAUAAGUCGUUUUUGAUGUGUCAUAGA